AAAAAGGUCCAGAAUGGAGGAAUCGGACCUCAAAUUCAACGUGAUGGUUUCCUUAUUCAACUGGACGCAGAAGAGCAAAUCCUCGGCGACGAAGCGUUCCAAGUUCCGCAAAUUCCUCGAUGCUUUCUGCCGGGAACCGGGGGACUAUUUUAGCGCCAUCCGCCUCAUUCUGCCGGUGCUCGACCGCGAGCGCGGUUCGUAUGGACUCAAGGAGCACGCGCUCGCCACCUGCCUCAUUGACGCCCUCGGCAUGUCGCGUGACUCCCCGGACGCCCAACGCCUCCUUAAUUGGCGCAAAGGUGGCCCCAAAACCGGCUCCAGCGCCGGCAACUUCUCCCUCGUCGCCUCCGAGGUCUUACAGAGAAGGCAAGGCUUGACUUCUGGCGGGCUGACUUUAAAAGAAUUAAAUGAACAGCUUGAUCGCUUGUCUUCAAGUGAAAAUAGAGCAGAGAAAACCUCAGUUCUUUCUGAUUUGAUCAGGAGAACAAACGCUCAAGAAAUGAAGUGGAUAAUUAUGAUAAUUCUCAAAGAUCUGAAGUUGGGAAUUAGUGAAAAAAGCAUUUUUCAUGAAUUCCAUCCGGAUGCGGAGGACUUGUUCAAUGUCACAUGUGAUUUGAAACUAGUUUGUGAAAAACUGAGGGACCGAAGUCAACGACACAAGCGUCAGGACAUAGAGGUUGGAAAACCUGUGCGCCCUCAGCUAGCACUAAGGGUUAGCAAUGCUAGUGCUGCAUGGAAAAAGCUUCAUGGGAAGGAAGUUGUUGUCGAAUGCAAAUUUGAUGGUGAUCGCAUCCAAAUUCAUAAAAAUAACUCGGAAAUACGUUUCUUUUCUAGAAGUUUUCUUGAUCAUCCAGAGUAUGAACAUGCAAUGUCAGACAUCAUUGCAAAGAACAUUCUGGUUGACAGGUGUAUUCUUGAUGGUGAAAUGUUGGUCUGGGAUACAUCUGAAAACCGUUUUGCAGAUUUUGGUUCCAAUCAGGGAAUAGCAAAGGCAGCAAAGGAGGGACUUGAUAGUGAUCGGCAGAUGUGCUAUGUUGCUUUUGACAUUCUUUAUGUGGGAGAUACCAGUGUUAUACACCAAACUUUAGCAGAACGCCAUGAUCUUCUGCGCAAGGUUGUCAAGUCCAUAAAAGGUCGAUUGGAAAUUUUGGUUCCUAAUGGUGGUCUUAACGCAAGUCGCUCUCCUGGUGAACCAUGUUGGUCCUUUGUAGCUCGUAGCCUUGACGAAGUCGAGAAGUUUUUUAAAGACACCAUCGAGAAUAGGGAUGAAGGAAUCGUCCUAAAAGAUCUUGCUUCCAAAUGGGAGCCAAGUGAUCGGAGUGGAAAGUGGCUUAAGUUGAAGCCCGAGUAUGUUAGAGCUGGUUCUGACUUAGAUGUCCUCAUUAUAGGAGGCUACUAUGGUUCUGGACGUCGUGGAGGGGAAGUAGCGCAGUUUUUGGUAGGACUUGCAGAGCGUCCAAUGCCAAAUACCCAUCCUAGGCGAUUCAUUUCGUUUUGUCGUGUUGGUACGGGACUUUCUGAUGAGGAGCUUGAUAUAGUUGUUACAAAAUUAAAACCUUAUUUCAGGAAAUAUGAAUACCCAAAGAAGGCGGCACCAAGCUUUUAUCAAGUUACUAAUAAUUCGAAAGAGAGGCCAGAUGUUUGGAUUGAAAGUCCAGAGAAAUCAGUUAUUGUUUCGAUUACUAGCGAUAUUCGGACCAUAAAAUCUGAGGUAUUUGCUGCACCAUACAGCCUGAGAUUUCCACGGAUUGAUCGAGUAAGAUUUGACAAGCCUUGGCAUGAAUGCCUUGAUGUGCAUACUUUUGUGGAGUUAGUUCAUUCCAGCAACGGGACCACACAAAGAGGGGAAGCUUAUGGAGAUUCACAGGAUCAUAAACCCAAGCGCAUGAAGUCAGCCAAAAAAGGGGAGAAGAAUCUUUCAGUUGUUCCUUCUCAUUUCAUCCAGACUGAUGUUUCCACUGUAAAGAGUGAAACGCUUAUAUUUGCAAAAAUGAUGUUCUACUUUGCUAAUGUUCCUUCAUCUCAUUCCGUGGAUCUGUUGCACAAAAUGGUGGUGGAGAAUGGGGGCAAUUUCUCAAUGAAUUUGAAUAACUCGGUCACACACUGUAUUGCAGCUGAAAGUAGAGGAAUCAAGUUUCAGGCAGCAAAGCUUCAUGGUGAUGUUAUUCAUUAUUCUUGGCUUCUCGAUUGCUGUUUGCAGAAGAAGCUCCUUCCCUUACAGCCAAAGUACUUUCUUUAUCUUUCUGAACGCACGAAGAGAAAGUUGGAAGAAGAAAUUGACCAAUUCUCUGACUCUUACUAUGUGGAUGUUGAUAUUACAGAUCUCAGACAGCUUUUGAGCAACAUUGAUCGAAGAGAGCAUCCGAAAAGGAUUGACUAUUACAAAAAGAAAUAUUGUCCAAAGGAGGAAUGGGCUCGUUUUCUUGGUUGCUGCUUUUACUUUUACUUUCCAGCGCAGUCUAUAAUUAACUUGGAGUGGAAAGUCCUAGUGGAACUUGCACUGAGGAGAUUGAAGGUUGCAGUUUCUUUUGGUGGUGGCAGAAUUAGUGAUGAUCUUUCUCAUGCUACCCAUGUAAUCGUCUUGUCUGGGCCAGAAUUAACUUUGGACUUCAAUUUGCUAUUUAGUAGAUUAUCAGCUGAGAAGCAUCUUCUACUUAGUCAAGGGUUGCAUGUUGUUUCUUCUCAGUGGUUGGAGGACUGCAUUGAGAAGGACCAGAAAUUGUCAGAGGAGAGUUACAGUCUGAAGCCCAACAUGCAAGAAUGGGUAUUGGAGAGUGAGCUGAAUCUGGACAAGUGGUCUAGUUUGGAUAAGGCAGAAGAGCAUAAUACACCAGUAUCUAAAGAACAUGGAACUACGACAAUUCGUCAAGCUACAACCAACAAACCUAGAGUUGUUACCUUGCCUAAGAAAGAAAGAAGGACAAAAAGAGGAAGAUCCAGUGGAACCAAAACAACUAGAGGGAAAACUGUGGUCAACCAGCCACGAAGGGUAAGAGCACGUGGAGGAAAGCCUGCAAAAAUAAAUGAAGAUGAAUCAGAUGGAAGUGGCUCUUCAGCUAAUUUGACCUUUCAGGAAGAAUCUGUUGUCCAAACAGGAAAUAGUGAAAGCGGUGGGUUGAUUGGCAAGCAGAGUCCAACAAAAGAGCAUCUGAUGAUAGAAGAUAGUGAAUUAUCACAAAAAGGGAAAACAAUUGAACAAUAUCCUGAAGAUCAAAGCGGAGAUGGGAUAAGAGUUGUUGAAGAUAAUGGAAUGGGAUCAGGCAACAGAAAUGGUACUGAAGGGAAUGAGAAGCUAGAGCAGAUGGUUGAUCCUGUUCAAGCCAUGUUAAUGCACAUGAUUCCAAGCCUUGGAAAUAGUAAGGCUAAAAGUGAGGAUCGGGUCAUUCGAGAUGAAACGUUACCAAUAGAAAGCCAAAAGACCAGGGGCACAGAUCCUGCUUUUGCAGAUGAAGGAUCCUCUCUUGAUCCUAACCCAAAGCCAGAAAAGAAAAGGAAGGUUAGUUAUAAGGAUGUGGCUGGGGAGCUGCUCAAGGACUGGUAAUUGGUAGAAGACCUGAAACUUCUGUGUAUUGCUGGUUUGGCAUACAUUGCUGCUGUACACCAAACAUGUAAAUGGAGUCAUGCAUAUAACAUUGAAAUUAAGGUAUGCAAUCAAACUAAUAUUAGCUUCUGGUGAUAAUUUUUUCAUCACUUAGCCCCCUUUCCUAAUCCAGCUAACAUAAAAUGACUAUUUUACCUCAUGUAAGAAUACCAACUGAAACAGGAACACAGAGAUAAACUAACAUGAAAUGUAAGGAGAAAUCCUUUGCUUUUUUGAUGAUGUCCAAUAUUACUGUUGUGCC